CAUUGAGAAAUAGCAGGAAUUUCCACGUCAGUGGAGGAAUAUAUAAGUGGGUGAGAGAGGUUCCCCCCACGGUCGUGCUCACAGUCAGAGAGGAGCAGUCUGUGUGUCUGUUACCAUCACUCAGAGCAACAUGAUCCCCAGAGUUAAGUUUGCCUUGGCCCUUGUCUCACUGACCGUUUUACUCUCCAUCAAUGUGGUUGGUGCCAACAGGAUGUCUAAGAUACCCAUGAGAGGGGGCUGCUACCGGCUGUCUGCGGAGGUUUCGGAGUUCCGCCUGCAGGACGAGGCCGUGGUCCUGCGAUGCGAUUCCCUGGAGAGCUUCCUCCGCAGGCAGGGCUUCUCCCAGAGCGAGGGCGCCAUGAGCUUCCGCCGGGUCGACGACGCGGGCCGCGAGGAGCCCAUCCCCGCCGAAGAGAGCGUCCGGGUGAAGGAGCAGCAGCGCCAGCGCCGCCUGUGGUUCCUGCCCGCCCAGGCCGCGGACUCUGGAACCUACUCCUGCGUCUUCAGAAAUGCUUCCUACUGCUGUGCUUCGACCAUUACUCUACGAGUGUACAAAACAAGGCAGCCUGGAAGCCUGGAUGCGAUAUCCUACCCAAAAUUCGCUCUCCCCGGCCAAAAUAUGAAGCUCAGCUGUCACCAUAUAAAUGAAUUCAACAUCACCGGGAGGCUGAAAUGGUACAAGGAGGCCACCCCUAUUGCCUUCUCCAUGAACAGGACACGCUAUCGCAGAGAGACGAACACGUCGUUCACUAUUCGAAACGUCGGCUCCACAGACGAGGGAUUUUACACAUGCCAGCUGCAAGUACUCUUCAACAAUACGGAGUACACUGUCACCAGAGUCACCAAGCUGAGCGUGACAGCUCCUGAACCCAGACCCACUUUACCAAGUGCCACACCCAGCCGCAGCCCAGUAUUGGAGACUGUUCGACCUAAAAUUGUUGAUCCAGUGAACGGCACCUUCUUCCAAAGUACUUUGGGAUCAAGUCUUCUGAUAAUGUGCAAGGCGUCAUCAGGGAACCAAUCAGCAGACUCCACAGAGGUCACAUGGUUCAUAAAUGGCCAGACUGUGCAGGAGUACUCUCUAAGUGGUCACGCUUUAUUGGGAGAUAAAAAGGUCACUGUCGAGAAGGGGGUCAACUACGUCGAGCUGGGGCUUGUAUUCCUGGAGUUAUUUGAGGAAGACACCAGGGCAGAGAUAAAGUGUGUUGCUCAAAACCACAGAGGAAGAGAAGAGGUGGUGGUUCAUGUCAGACUGGAAGACUCCACAUUCACAUGGUUCAUAGUGGCUGCAGCUGGAACUGUUUGUUUCCUAACGGUGGUGUGUGUGAUCCUCUACCAGCUCCUCAAAUCCAAACGAAAGACAGAUUAUAUACUGGCAAGGCAGAAUAGCACCUUUUGAAGCCUAGUGCUGCCCUGCAUGCUCUUGUUUAUAUUAUAAUUCUGUUAGAUACAAACAAAUGGAGACAAAAGUUUUAGUGUGCUACUCCAGUCAUCUUUGGGGUUACACAAAUGAAAAGUGUUGGCUGUCUCCAUCUUUGAGGUAAGGCAAUGGUGACACCUUGACUUUAACCCUUUAAGGUGUGAGGUCACAAAUAUGUGAUUGGAAUGUUCUUAACUGAAAAUUCUAAUGCAGAUAUAACAGUGACUACUGGUCAUUGAAGGCAGUGGAGUUGACAGAGUUUUGAAAAAAAAAAAAAACAUUCUGGAAUAACCUACCCUUCAAAGGGUUAAUCAAGGUAGUCAGUCACCCCUCAGUCCCUGUAACUUUCACUGCCUUUAUAGAAUGUUCCAUCUCACUAAAAAUCAUGGACAUUAUGCACAGAGAUGAUUUCAGCUAGCUCUGAUACUGUGAGGCUAUCCCUGCUAUUGCAGUAUUAUACAUGAUCUUUUGUCAAUUAAUUUGUCGAUACCUACAUUUAUGACAAUAUGUGAACAGAGUAGUAAUAAGUCUUAAAUUUGCCUUGUGUUUGAUUUGAACUAUUGUAUUUUUUUCAUUUGAGUUCUUAAAUGAGAAGUUUUUUGUAAUUAUUUCCUAGGAAUUGGCAUUACCUACAGUUUGGGCAUUUAUAUACUGUAUACUAUAUAUCAGUGUCACUUCAGUUAAAUGAAUAGUCUCCUGUUUUAUUUCUCUUUAAAGUAAUUUAUAUUUUGUAAAAUGUGAAUAUAAUGAGUGAGACAUUAUUUUUGUAGCCAUUCCUGUGUUGUUGAUGUUUAAAUUAUCAGUACUGGUUUGACUUUGCUAUUACUUUGCCCAUUUGUUUUUCAUAUUCUGGUUUUGUCCAAGUGUUUAAUUCAAGGCUUCUCAGACUUGGAUCUGGAGAUCUAAGAAGAAGCCCCCAAUAUUUUGUAUUUUAAUAAAAUAUAAAAUUAAUGCAGAUCUA